AUGUCAGAGGGCACGAGAAAGUUGGAGGGCAUGAGAAAUGCCUUCCGCAGGUGGGCAAAACGCCUGUUCCAUCGCAGCGACAAGGGGCGCUCAAAUCACCCCACGCCUGGUCAACCAUCAACGAAUAAAGCUUCACCUCCGCCGCAAGAGACGUCUACCUUGGGUACUGGGACGAAUUCCAAAGUACAGCAAACGGCUCCGAAUUGGCCACUUACAAGUGAUUCCCAUCAACCUUCCGGCACUCUGGAUGCACAAACAACGAACCAUGGCUCCCAGGUGACCGACGCAUCUAUUUCGAACAAUCAGCCCCAAUCUCUCAGAAAACCUCAGGGUACGCAACAGGGCUACCUCAAGCCAGCGUUGAAGAGGAAAGCAGUCAAUCAGACUCCUCCACAAGGCUCUGCUCAUAAUCACCCCGAAUCAAAAGCGCAAAGCAGAGACGAGCACGCAGAUGGCCCGAUUGCCACUGGAUCCGAUAACAACAAUGCUGGAGUUGGGCACCAAGGGCAUUAUACCGACCAUAGUGUUCACCCUCGCCCUGCUGUAGUCCACGAAGAGAUUGAACCGCAUGUACACACGGUUUAUGAGCCUACGCGCACGCGAUCUUUUCAUUUGCAUGAGCACCGGACAUUGGUUCAACCCAUUGUUGACCCCGCCGCAAGAUGA